GAUCUUAAUCCUGGGACACCGAGAGUGUGACGCCAUUUGUAGCUGCACCCGCAUGACCAUGGACCGCGAACGGCAGGAUUCCUUUGGGCAGGAUAUGAUCAUGCAGGACCUCCAAGCCGUGAUUCACCGCGCGAGGGCUGAAAUGGGACCUAGUGCAGACAUCAACACCGUGGCCGACCAUGCGAUCAAGGUGAACAUUUUUCAGACCAUGGAGCAUCUGCUGAGACACAGCCAACGCCUGCGUGAAUUGGUCCGAAACAGCGAGCUGGAGCUGCAAGGUGGCAUCUUCGACAAGGCCAGCGGCUGCGUGGAGUUCUUGGGCCACGCGCUGAGGCUCGACGAAGUGCUGCGCCUGGACGACGACGGCGCGGCGUCGCAACGCAGCGCGGCGGCGGCGGUGAGCCUCACCUCGGCCGAGGCCGCCCUAAAACUACUCCAAGAGGGCAACAGUCGCUGGAUCAGUGGCACAGCCGUGGCCAGCAGGAAUGCGGGCAAUACCAUCACACAUGCCAAAGGCAGCAUGGUCACCAGUCUGGAGUUUUGCACCUGCAAGCUAAUGACGAAACUCAUUCUGGUCCUGGGCCACACUGCCUGCAUGGCUUUGUCCAGUGCCAUGUGUGUGGAGAGUUGCGCAGGGAAGGCAUCGGACGCUUUGGUCCAAGGCAUUCGUUCGGCGUCCGAUGGCUCCAAGGAAAUUUCAAUGGAAGAGGCUGUGGAACUGAAUAUCUACCACACCAUGGACUGUCUUCUGCAGUACAGUAGCUGCAUCCGAGAAAAGGUACAGACUGGAGAAUUGGAGAUCCGUGGCGCUGUGGGUGGUCCUAGUCCGUUCGACUUCACACAAAUGCUGGUAGCCCAGCAGAUUGGCAGAUUUCAGAGCCUCUCUGCCUUUGUUGACUUACUGAAGCACCUGUUUGGGCUGGCCCGUGCAUCGCUGAUGGUCGAAUAG